UGCAGCGUCCGAGGAGAGCAUAGGAUUGUGGGUAUGUGGUGUUUCCUGACAGACUGACAGCCAGUCAGCUGUUGUAGAAAAGUUUUGACAGUCUGAUAGCUUCCUUUAGCCAGCGUUUAAUAAAUGUUGGACCUCUGUGGAACUUAAUCUCCUGUGUUAGUUUUUCUUCCGUCUGCUUCACCGAGUAGCAACAUUUGGAUCCACACGGUUCGUAACUUAGUGAUUUAUUUAAAAGAGGAUCUACUGUGUGAUUUAGAUCAACUUUCAGGAUGAGUUUAAACGAGCACUCAAUGCAAGCUCUAUCGUGGAGGAAACUCUACUUGAGUAGAGCUAAACUCAAAGCCACCAGCCGGACUUCAGCUCUUUUGUCUGGAUUCGCGAUGGUUGCCAUGGUGGAGGUGCAGCUGGAGCGGGAUUACACGUAUCCUCCCGGGCUGCUGAUAGCCUUCAGUGCCUGCACCACAGUUCUGGUUGCCGUCCACCUCUUCGCCCUCAUGAUCAGCACCUGCAUCCUCCCUAAUCUGGAGGCCGUCAGCAACGUCCACAACCUCAACUCAGUCCACGAGUCUCCCCAUGAGCGUAUGCAUCGCCACAUAGAGCUGGCCUGGGCCUUCUCCACAGUCAUUGGCACCCUCCUCUUCCUCACUGAAGUGAUGCUCCUGUGCUGGGUGAAGUUCUUACCCCUCAAAAACAACACGGAAGACGGCAACGGCACCAUAAGUUCUGGUGAAGCCGCCGCCAUCGCCUCCACCUGUAUCAUGGUGCCAUUUGGGAUCGUUUUCAUAGUGUUCGCUGUGCACUUUUACCGCACGCUCGUCAGUCACAAAACGGACCGGCAGAUCCGGGAGCUGGAGCAGGUCAUCCGGCUGCAGAAUCAGCUGGACCACCGGGCUGAGAAUGACGACCUGAAGGCUGUUGUCCAUUUCCCUUAAUCAGCCAGUGAGGCUACAACUGCAGCAGACAUUCAGCAGGGCUUUUCUUGUGAAGUCCCUUAUACAAGCUUUAUUUUUUAUGUUUAUGGACUUUGCUUAGAUGCUUCUUUUGAAUUUGCAAGCUUUAUCUUUCAAAUGUUACAGUUUCCAAACUAGUUUUGGAUCAUGCAUGUUCAAAAACACAACUUAGGCGCUGUAUUAUGUAUUGGAAAAUAGUUUACUGUGUACUUCAAGGUAAAUUUUCAUUAUAGUUCUGUCUCAUGUUAUCUUUUGCUCUGGUGCACAUACUGUAUGUUUCAAUAGCUUUUAUAAUGGGGGAAAUAUAGAUCAGAUUACAUGACAGAGGAAGACUACCAUCAGAUCAAAAUAUAUCACAAUGAGUAUAAUAAAGAUUGGCUUCCUCAUGUGAGUACAGCUCACAAUAUAGCAAUUUUUUUUCAAGCAAUCUAUAGAUUAAGUCUGGGUACAGCCUGGGUUCUGCCCAGUUUUACAACUGGUGAUGCAGCUUAAUGAAUGUGUUAUGCUUGUUUAUUCAAGCCAUCAAACCCAUGUUUUAUUCUUAUUUUUAAGGUACAGUUCAGAACUCAGCACUGUUACAACCUCACCUGUGGCCUUAACUCUGUCCCCUUGGGGGUAUUUCAUUGAGUUCUCUUGAUGUUGAUGUCUGGAGUUGAAUUAAGUUUUAAACAAAGUGUACCCAGCCCCUUGUCAAAAAUUCAGAUAUUCAUAUUCAAGCUGUGACUUAUCUGACUGUGGUAUCAUUAGAAUCACUGUAUGCAUGCUUUAAAACAAACUUUGAAACAAAUGCAAUCAAACUUAUUGCACUGAAGGGUUUCUAGGGACUUUUUUGUACUUUGAAGUAGUUGAUGUGAUGUGUAUUAAUUGGCUUUGAUUGUAUCAAAAGUUAACUUUCAGUUUUUCCUUCAUAGAUCUUCAGUCUCCUUUACUUUUACUUUUUUGUAUUUUUUAGCUGGAGACCUCAUUUUUAAAAAUCUCCAAAAAUAUAAUAGUAUUUCUGUGCAGUCUGAGGCAAGAGAACACUUCAAAUUAUCCAAGGGUUUACUUGAACAAAAGUGUGUCUUUUCAGUGCACAUAUUUUAAUGGCAGACGAUAAUCAAUCUGUAAGGCUGUCUUUUUAAAAAAAGUUUUUUGAGUCUGUGUACUGAGACUCAGUUUUCUUUUAUCAGAGGAGGCAUCUUCUACUAAAAUCUAUCUUAGGUAAAAAUAAAUAAAUAAAUAAAAAUCAUAAAGAAAAUGUUUCAUUUUCUUAGUGCUUCUGCAAUUCAACUAUUCUGCAAUGCAUCAAACGGUUACUGGCUGUGAAGAAGUACUGUUAGUAUGUUGUUAUAAAGCAUGCACAUAUGGGAAAUGUGUUUUAUAUAUUAUGUUUUGUUCUUUUUCUAGUACAUACGUCUCAGCAUGUUGACAUGUUGUUUAGGUUACACAUUGUGUAGGCUUUAAGUUGUUAAAGUGUGUAAUUUAUUGUUCUCCUUGUCCUGUGGCACACUGCGGAGUUGUUCUGCAUGUGUUAUUUACCAGCUCAGCUUUUUAAAAGGAUCCUUGCUUUAACAUGGUCCAAAAAAACAAAAAUCUAUAUUCACCUGAAAUGUGCACAUUCUUUAGAGAAAAAACAGCUUGUCAAAAUAAGCACUGUAUGUGCUUAAAGAAGAGAGAAAGUAUCAUUUCUGUUUAUCAGGCUUCAUGUCAACAAACACUCGGUGCAUUCAUUUCUAACUGAGUUCAUAUCAAAGAGAGACUGUGCUCAUCAUUUCUUUAUCAUUGGUGUUUGUCGCCCUUCUCACAGGUCUUAGGCUGAGUCAGUGUUAUGUUGCAGCUUCUGUUAAACUGCAGCUCUUAUUGCACUCAAAUUGAUCCUGGACAGACAAACGUGUCUCUGUCGUACAUCACAGAGAACGAUGAGCCAUAAUUGUUACAGACCUCUUCCAAAAAUGUUUUCAGAGUUGCACAAAGCAUUGUUUAUGAUGUUACCUGAAGCUUUUCUUAUACAAGGAACUAGCUGAUCAGCUGAAUAAUUAGCUUUAUUCAUGUUAUCUACUCACUCUCUGAUAGGACCUGCCGCUCGUGCCUUUCAACUCAUCACAAAAGGAGGCAUGUGUCUUCGGUUAAUUUUUGUGGUUUAUUUAUUCAAUCCAGUGUACUUACUGUAUAAAGACAGGUUUCUCUGCUUUAGUCAAUGCACAUUUUUAAAAUGAAUUCUCAAGUUACUAUUAUUUUAUAAGUUUUGCUUGUGUGUGUUGUUGGCAGCUCAAAAAGCUGCAGUUUUGUCACCAGGAAGUUUUUUGUGGUUUGAGAAUAAAAAAAAAACACAUUUUA